AUGCAGAGUCGUGGCAUUGGGCCCACAGUAGUGUCGGGCUUCAAUGUCAUCGAGGAUCUCCCAAACGGAGAGAGGGUCGUCCGUAGAGCAUCCGUGGAUCCAAAUGGCAUCAGCGAAAAGAUUGGAGACAUCAAAGACGGCUCUGCCGUCAGUAUCACCGAGGAAGAGAUUGAGGCGCCUGAUCCUUUUAAGCCUUUUCCGCAUGACCCGGGUGUUCCGGAAGAAACCAACAUUUUGCGAGUUCGAAGUAUUUUCAUUGGCCUCGUUUGUGGAGCGUUGGUGAAUGCCUCGAAUGUUUAUCUUGGUCUCAAGACAGGAUGGACAUUUUCAGCUAAUCUGUUCGGCGCCAUUCUUGGAUUCGCUGUCAUCAAGUUCUGCUCGAAUACAUUUGCCAAAAAUUUCCCCAUCUUGGGCGGGGACUUUGGUCCAAAGGAGAACAAUAUUAUCCAAACAUCUGCCACCGCUGCUGGUGGAUUGAGCAGUAUUUUUAUAUCCGCCCUUCCCGCCCUCUAUCAGUUGAACCUUAUGAGCGAUGAUCCCAAAAAGGACUACUGGAGGAUUGUCUCUUUUACUACUGUCUGCGCCUACUUUGGCUUCUUCUUUGCUACACCUCUUCGAAAAUUUUUCAUCAUUUACCUCGCCCGUGAACUCCGGCUGGUUUUCCCUACUGGCACUGCCACUGCCAUGACCAUUCGUUCUAUGCACGCAGCGAUUGGUGGUGCUGCCAUUGCAAAGGCCAAGACAAAGGCAAUGGGAAUCGCGUUUGCUGGUGCCUGCACUCUGAGAGUAGUGUCGCAGUAUUGCAUUGGUAUUCUCUGGGACUGGCACAUUUUCACUUGGUUCUACAUUUGGGGCCACUACAAGAACCUGGCCAUCAAUGUGGAGAACUGGGGAUGGUAUGUUGAAUGGACGCCCGCCUUUAUUGGCUCCGGCAUGAUUGUCGGUCUCAAUCCCUCCUGGUCCUUCUUCUUUGGCAGCGUCGUUGCCUGGGGUAUCAUUGGCCCUGCCCUGGUUCACAAUGGCGCCGCAUACGGUGUACAAGCCUUGGGUCCAGAUGGUCCUGAGAAGUGGCAAGACUACAUUACUUUUGCUUCCCUCCACCUGAAAGACGCCAAAAACAACCCCAGUCCUAGAUACUGGCUCCUCUGGCCUGGUGUCUUGACUAUGAUCGUCGUCAGUUUUACCGAACUCUUUUGUCAGUACAAAGUCUUGUACUAUACAGGUAUUUCACUGUGGAGAGCUGUUGCCAUGUCUCUCAACGCAACUUUCCAAGCUAUGAAGAAAGAUGUGCCCUGGAUCAGAAAACAAGCCUCAAUCGAGGAAAAGCACACUGUUCAAGACUUUGCCACAGAGGAUGAGCUGGUCAAGUGGUGGAUGUGGGCUCCCGGGCUAUUGGUCGUCAUUAUCUGUACUUGCGUUGUCCUCGGGCUGCAAUACAACAUGCCUGUUGGAAUGUCACUUCUCGCAGUUUUCCUUGGAUUCAUCUUCUCCUUCUUGGCCAUUCAGUGCACUGGCGUCACGGAUAUUACCCCUCUGACUGCCGCAUCCAAGGCAUCCCAGCUUGUGCUCGGUGGCGCAACCCGCGGCGAGCACUGGUCCAUCAAGCGUGCUCUGACGCUCAACCUUAUCGGCGGCACUAUUGCCUCUGGUUCCGCUAACCAGUCUUCGGACCUGACGACCGAUUUCCGAGUCGGAUUCUUACUGCGGACUCCUCCAAAGCAGCAGUGGAUCGCACAGGGAAUCGGCUCCGUCGUUGCCAUUUUCCUCGCUCCUGGAAUGUUUGUCUUGUUUACAAAAGCCUAUCCUUGCAUUAUCGACCUUGAAGCUGAUACCUGCGCUUUUGCUGCCCCAUCCGUCUCCGCAUGGCGUGCUGUCGCGCAGGCCGUGACUGACCCGGUAUUCCCUGUCCCAACCUCAUCCGGCAUCUUCUCUGUCAUCUUCGCCGCCUUCGGUGCCCUGCUCGUCAUCUUCCGUACAUUCUACCUCACUGGCUCUCGCGAGAAAUACCGUGUCUGGGUGCCCAACAUGAUGGCCGUCGCGCUUGCAUUUGUCCUGCCCCAGACGCAAUACGGUACCGCCAUGGCCAUCGGAUCCACCGCCUCGUAUAUCUGGGCUAAGAAGAGCCCUGUCAAGUUUGACAUUUACUGCUAUGCCGUCGCCGCAGGUCUCAUUGCUGGCGAGGGUAUUGGCGGAGUCAUUAAUGCCAUCUUCCAAGUCGCUGGUAUUUCGGGAGACAAGUACGGUACCAAUAUUGCUUGUCCUGGAGAUUCUUGUUAA